AUGGUGUGUGCUAAGAGGGUUUCUUUUGAUGCUUUGAGGUACUUGGGGCAAAAGCCAAUAGGAAUAGUCUGGUUUCUGGUUUUGCCUGUCUUCUUGAACAGCACAGCCCAGCCCAUACAAGAGAAUACUGUGGUUCUUGACCCUUGCUCGGCCUACCUCACUCUGAAUGAGCCGUGGAGGAACACGGAGCACCAUUUCAACAGCUCUUACGACCAACCAGAGUGUGACAGUGCUUUUGAUGGGGAAUGGUACCGCUUCACUGGAAUGGCUGGUGAUGCUAUGCCCACCUUCUGCAUCCCGGAGAACCACUGUGGGACCCAUGCCCCAAUCUGGCUGAAUGGUAGCCACCCUCAAGAAUCAGAUGGCAUUGUUCAAAGGCAAGGCUGUGCUACUUUCAAUGGGAACUGCUGCCUCUGGAACACCACAAUUGAUGUCAAAGCAUGCCCAGAGGGCUAUUACAUCUAUCGCCUUACAAGGCCCAGUGUCUGCUACCAUGUUUACUGUGGGCAUUUCUAUGACAUCUGUGACAGGGUCGAUUGUGGCAUUUCAUGUUUGGAGCCUGGAAGCUGCAUCUGCUCUUUGGGGACAACGUUGGGACCAGAUGGGCAGACCUGCCUUGAUGACGAUGAAUGUGAACAGAAUAACGGUGGCUGCAGUGAGUUCUGCAUAAACCUGAAAAAUUCCUAUCGUUGUGAAUGUGGAGUGGGGCGUGUUCUGGGGAACGACGGAAAGACCUGUGAGGAAAUUGGUGGGUGUCACAACAAUAACGGAGGCUGCAGCCAUACUUGCACCACAGUGGGGAACACCUACCGUUGUGAGUGCCCACGAGGGCUUGUUUUGUCCAAUGACAACCACACUUGCCAAGUCCCAGUUCUCUGCAAAUCUACCUCCAUAGAAGUGAACAUCCCUAAGGAUCUUGUUGGAGGGUUGGAUCUGUCACUCAUCAAUGGCUCCUGCAAAGGAUUGUCCAAUGGCACUCAUGUCAACAUCAAGUUCUCCCUGAAGACCUGUGGUACCACCAUAGAUGUAGUGAAUGACAAAAUUAUUGCCACCAAUUUGGUAACUGGCUUGCCCAAGCAAACUACAGGUAGCAAUGGAGACAUUAUCGUCCGCACCGGCAAACUGUUGAUCCCUGUCACUUGCGAAUACCCUCGCUGGUACACCAUCUCAGAAGGCUACGUCCCCAAUGCUAAGAACUCACCACUGGAGAUCAUGGGUCGCAACAGGGGUGUCUUCCCCUUCACCCUUGAAAUUUUCAAAGACAAAGAAUUUGAAGAACCCUACAGGGAUACCCUGCCCACUCUUAAACUUCGAGAUUCUUUGUAUUUUGGGAUUGAGCCGGUGGUCCAUGUGAAUGGUCUUGAGACAUUGGUGGAGAGCUGCUAUGCAACCCCUACAUCCAGGAUUGAUGAAAUCUUGAAGUACUAUUUAAUUCGAGAUGGAUGUGUUUCUGAUGAAUCAGUGAAGCAGUAUUCAUCCAAGGAUCAUCUUGCCAAACACUUCCAGGUCUCAGUCUUCAAGUUUGUGGGUAAAGUCAACAAGGAAGUGUUCCUGCACUGCCGUGUCCUUGUCUGCGGAGUGAUGGAUGAGAGGUCUCGCUGUGCCCAGGGCUGCCACCGACGGAUGCGCAGAUGGGCUGAGACAGAGGAGGAAGAGGAAGCCAGUCAUGUGGCUCACCAUAUCCUGACCGGAGGUCCCAUUAGGAUUGAUAUGGAGGAAUAGAUAAAUGUGCUGUUUCACUGGCGCUUGCUCCGAUAUGCCUGUGAUAACAAGUAGUUGUAGAUAUUCUGCCAAAACUGUUUUUUUAAACUGAUGACCUGUGAUGUUCUUUAGUGAGGCCAAAUUAGAUUCAGGAUCUUUUCAUGCCCAAGUUUUUCUGUGGUUUGUAUGUUGACAUGCGAUGUUUAUUCCUACCAAACUUCUGCACAUUCUGUAGUUUCUUGGUAGUUUCUCCACGCUUUCUCAAGUUGGAUCAAAGGUGUUUGAGAAAGUAUGGAAAAAAUGACAAAGGAAACAUGGUAAGACAACAAAUGGACAUGAGGAAGUUCAGAGAAAAGAAAUGCUACAAGUUGGCACCUAAACCAUGGGAAAACCUCCGUGUACAAAGACCUACAAUGUGCAUCUAAAAUGCUUCUUGCUUAACAGCAAAUGAAUCCUUAUAUCAUCCUUAAUAGACACUGCUGAUGCACAGGAUCAAAAUGGCACCAAUGUGUUUAUACAAAUGAUAUCUAAGACAUCUAGGUAAUCCAGCUAAAUUCUAUUCUCACAAAGCUAUACUGACAUGGAAUAAAGUGGGGAAGGGAUAUCUACUACCCUGUCCCAGUCAUUUUAAAGGAACACAUCUGAUCAUUUUACAAGCAUUAUAGUCAACAUAAGGUUCCUUCUUUUCCCCACAGUGGAUGAAAGCACAUGGAGCCAGACUGGUUAGUACUUCAAUGCACGCUCAGGUCAUAAAUCAUCAUGUCUAGAAAAUCUCCCAAAUUGGAUGUGAAUCAGUGGCAUGGUAACUUGCCAUCUGACAAACACUGAAGCCUUCACAAUACCUGAUUAACCCAUACAAACCCAAAUGUCAUAUUGUGCUAACUUCAUUCUGCAAAAAGAUGGUUGUGUGACUUCACUGACCACAGCACUGAAGCUGAAAGAGCUAACUCAAGUUUAAAGGCCACUCUUCCCUCUUGAGUAAAUUGCAUGGAUUUCACCAGUGUGGAAACUGGAGAUCUUAAUCUACAAUCCACAAAGAACAUGUGCCAGAACUAUUUUUAUACUGAUUCUCUUUCCAUUCUCCAGCAUUGCUCUUUAUUUGCUGGGAUCAUUCAGCACUUAAGUGGAUGCUUAUUUAAGGAAUCUGCCACAUGCAUCAAUCUGCUAGCACCUGAAUGACAAGAAAAACCACUGGAAGCAGGUGUUGAUUCAGUAGCUACAGAGCU